AAAAGUCACUGUCAAUUAUUAUGUGACAUUUAUUUUUGUUUGAAAAUUCUUUUAAACUGAUAAAAUCUAUCCAAUUUUAAUUAUGGGUGAUAAAAAGGAAAAAACAGAAAUUCCCAGUAUUGAUAAUGAUUAUGACCCUUAUUCUGAAAGAAAUGUUGACAGUCCAACAAAUGAUUUGGAAUCUUUUGCACAUAUAAUGAAAGGAAUUUUGGGAACCGGAGUUUUAGCGUUACCUGAAGGUUUUAGUUUUGCCGGUGGAAUGAUGGCGAUAAUCUAUUGUGUAUUAAAUGCUUUCUUAUGCACAAGUGGAAUGCACAUUUUGGUGACGGGGUUUUAUAUGGUUGGUAAAGCUUACCAUUUACCCUCUGUCACAUAUGCCGAUGCUAUGGAACUCGGUACUACAUUGGGACCUAAUAAUUUUCCAAAAACCAGUCAUUUUUUUUCUGUUUUAACAAAUGCAUUAAUUAUCUCGUAUCAAGGUGGUGUAUUAUGCGUUUAUAUGCUUUUUGUUGGAGUUUCAAUUGAGAUGGUUACAAAUAACAUUGUCGGUAAAGAAAUUUCGUUAGGGUUUUACCUAUUGUUGAUGAUAAUACCAUGUAUGCUGAUCAAUUCGGUAAAAAACUUAAAAUAUUUGGCACCAUUUUCAUACUUUUCGCUUGGCGUAACGGUAAUGGUUUUGGGAAUGAUAUUUUAUUACGUUUUUCGCGAAUCUUUACCGAGCUAUUUGGAUGAAAGAAAAUUAACAAAUGAUAUUUUUAAAUUACCCAUGUUUUUUGGCACGACAUUAUUCGCAUUUACAAGUGUACCUGUUGUGGUUUCCGUUGAAAAUUCCAUGAAAAAUCCGAAACAUUUUCAUAGAAUUUACGAUUUAGCAAUUCUGAUUUUGCUAAUACUGUACCUUUGUGUUGGAUUUUUUAGUUAUUGGAAAUGGGGUGAAGAUUUAAAACCCGUUGUUAUACUUAAUUUUCCAAUGAAUGAAUCAGCUGCACGAGCUGCAAAUUAUUUGUAUGCAUUAGCGAUUUUCUUAUCAAUAGGUUUAAACGGAAUUGUUCCAGUUAGAUUAGUAAUGGAUACUUAUGUAUUGCCAAAGUUAGAAUCACCAUAUCCGAUUUUAUGGGAAUAUGUGUUUAGAUUAGGAUUUAUUGCAUUGGGAUUAUUUUUAGCAAUAUCCGUCCCAUUUAUUGGAACUGUAAUUUCUUUGCUCGGCGCAAUAGCCUUGUCUUGUUUAACGCUAAUCUUUCCGGCCAUUUUAGACAUAUGCUGGAGACAUCAGAAAGACUAUGGACCAUGUCAUUUUCGAUUACUUAUCGAUUUAAUAUUGAUUUUUUAUGGAAUAUUUGGUUUAACAACUGGGGUUUAUGUCAAUGUACGAUUUUUAAUUGAAAAAAUGACAGAAUAAUCAUCCAAAUAAGACAUUAUUUAUUUAUUUAGCGAUAUAUCAUAAAUUAUUGUAAUGUUAAUUAAUAAAAACUAAUCAA